AUGGAAAUGGAGUUUAAAGAAAGGUUGCCUUCAUAUUAUAGUGUUCUUGGUGUGAAUGUUGAUUCUUCUGAUGAAGAGAUUAGACGUGCUUAUAGAAAGCUAGCAAUGCAAUGGCACCCUGAUAAAUGGACUAGGACACCAUCAUUGUUAGGUGAAGCUAAAAGGAAGUUUCAACAAAUUCAAGAAGCAUAUUCAGUGUUAUCGGAUCGAAAAAAGAGAAUGAUGUAUGAUGCUGGCAUGUAUGAUCCUGAUGAAGAUGAGGAUGAGGGGUUUGAUGAUUUUCUACAAGAAAUGGUAUCUCUAAUGGAAGAGUCAAGAAAAGAGGAGAAAAGUUAUAGUAUGGAUGAGUUACAAACCAUGUUUUGGGAGAUGGCUCAAGGAUUUGAGACUUGUAAUUGGUCUAGUUUUUCUCAACAAAAACAGAACUUUGAGUCUCCACAAUGGUUUUGUGGUAGUUCUAUGGCUUAUGAUGGAUCAAGAACAGCUCAAUUGAACGCAGACAGAAAUCCCUUCUUCGGUUUCUCAACAAGGCAGAUGCAAGGGGCUAACCGUUUCUGCAGAUAAUAAUAAUGAAGGUUCUUCAAGAAAGUAGACAUAUUUUGGUUAAGUUCCAAUAAUGUUCAUAUGAAGUGCUACAAAUUUUGACCUUGUGGAUGGAUGUGAUCAUACCAGCACUGAACAAGUCAUUUUUUGGUUUUGAACUACAUCAAAAAUAUGUGAAUCCUCAGUUUUUCUUUUGUAAAUACAAGUGUAAUGGAACUUUUGUUUAUUGUGGUCACUUUGGUUGAGAUUUUUGUGGAAAGUUGUUAUGCUUUAAAUA